AUGAUCUCGAAUUUCUAUUUAUUCUUUUCUGUAACUAUAUUUUGUACAGCAAUAACACAUGGACUUCCUCGUUAUCGUCGUCAAUUGAAUUUUCCAAACAAUAAAGUUUUAUCCGCUCAAGAACGAGCAUCUUGGGCAAGUAAUCCAAGUGGUUCUAUUGUAGGCACCUAUUAUUAUGGUGUUGGAUCCGAUCCAAACUAUGGUUCAUUUAUAAAACCUCAGAACCGUCCAGAUGUUGGUAUCGUACCAAUAAGCUAUGAUCCUGAUUCUAGUCUAAGUAGUUAUCUUAUAAAUCCAAAUCAUCCAACAGCACUUCAACAAUCAGUACAACAAUAUUUCUACAAUAAUAAUAAUAAUAACAAUCAUGUAUGGCAAAGACCUAAUAAUUAUGCUAAUAGACCAUACAAUUACUAUUCACCUGGAAGUCAAGGAUGGUAUGCAACUGGUGGUUCAACUAUCGAUGAAAAUAAAUUCACAAAAUAUGUUAUUGCAUGUGAUCAUUCAUAA